GUGGAGGUACAUGGAAAGGAAUCGAAAAUCAUCUCGAUUACAUCGCUGGGAUGGGGUUUGAUGCCAUUUGGAUAAGUCCAGUCAUUCACAAUCUUGAGGAGAACACCACCUGGGGCUAUAGCUACCACGGAUACUGGGGCGAUGAUCCCUUCAGAUUGAACGACCACUUCGGAACUGCGGAUGACUUGCGGAGCCUUUCAAACGCAAUUCACGACCGUGAUAUGUUGCUGAUGGUCGAUGUCGUGGUCAAUCAUCUGGCACUAAAUCAAGAGUCUGAGGCUACCGACAACAGCCAUCUUCCUGAGCCGUUUAACCAAUCAACUGCAUUCCAUCCGAAGUGUCCCAUCAACUACGAAGAUCAAAGUUCCAUCCAGGACUGUUGGCUAGUAGACUCUCAACCACCGCUACUGGCAGAUGUGAACACAGAAAACCCAGACGUCUUUGAUGCACUGGUUGAAUGCGUGGUCGAGCUUGUUCAGGACUAUUCGAUCGACGGAAUCCGUCUUGAUACCGCAAGGCACGUGCCUCAACGUUAUCUGACACAGUUCCAGGAAGCAGUGAAAGUCUUCGUGACUGGCGAAGUUUUGGACGGCGGGGUCGAAUACGUCUCCCAAUAUCAAGGCUCUUUGAGCAGUGUCCUCAACUAUCCGCUCUAUUUCACCACCACCGACGUGUUCACUGGAAAGGCCACAUUCAACAACCUGGUAACGACGAUCAACAACGAACGAGCUUUGUUUGACGAUUCUACCCUCCUCACCAAUUUUCUAGACAAUCAUGAUCAACCACGUUUUGCAAGCCUGACUGGGAACAACAUCACACUGGACAUCAAUGCUGCAACAUUCGUGAUGUUGACGACGGGUAUCCCCAUCAUAUACUAUGGGUUCGAACAACGCCUGGAAGGAGCGGCCGACCCCGACAACAGGAAGCCACUCUGGUCAGCUGGGUAUGAUACCAACACACCGCUUUAUCAGUUGCUUUCGAGGCUCAACACGAUCAGAACGUUGGCAAGGUCCUAUGACGCGUCGAUGCCCUUCAACAAUUUCAGUAAGGCCCUGGCGGUCUCUGAUACACAACUGGCGUGGCAACACGGCCCGUUGAUUGCGGUCGUGACGAACGCCGACAGCCAAGCACCCAUCUUUACGAGGGCGGACGACAGCGCCAUGUCUGGGAUUAGGCUGGGCCCGCCGGAUUAUCCUGCUGGAGUCCAUCUGUUCGACAUGAUAGGUUGCACAUUGACGGUGACAACAGGCGCCGGAGGCAGUUUUGCUGUGCCAAAGAAUUCAGGUCCGCAUGUCUUUGCACCUAAGGAGCUUGCUGCAAAGCUAUGUCCAGACAUAUAGAGGGAGCUCUUUGUGCAAUUUACGAGGCUCUUGACGUUGGGUAUCCAGAAUGUGGGGAUGUGGUCAAAAUCCCUGAGGUUGUAAUAAAACGAGGUCCAGAUCACUAAAGAGGACAAGCCCGCAAGGCCUAGACAACAAGCCGCGAUGGGUCGUGGAGGGCUUGUGGAAUAAGCGAGCAUUGGCCAUUUUAGGGGUCAAGGAGUCCAUGUUAGGAAAUGGGAACGGGCGCCACUAUUGGAGCUUAACUUAGAAACUUUCCCAAAACAACGGGUGCCGUCAGUCGUCGUCACCUCCGCAAUUGCUUUGGUGGCUUGAGUCCAGAUCUGUCUUUUUUUUCGCAGAAAGCACCGGUUACAGAUCACGGC